AACUCCGCCUUAAAAACCCCAACAGAGUCGUGCCAUUUUUAUUCUGGACUGAGACUCGCAUAGACGUGCCAUUAAAGCAAGGAGGAUCAGCUAUUGUUACCUGUGGAAAGCAUGUCACUGACAGUGUCUCAGGGAGAGGGUUUGACGGUCAUCACCGUCUCCUCAAACCCAAAGAGCAAAUGGCCCGUACUGUGUCAGAUCCUGAGACUUCUGUGCUGCAGUCCAGUGUGUUCUGUAUCUCAGAAUAUGAAAGGAAUGCUGACAAACAUUCACACAGCUCUUGGGAUUGUGCAGAUGAUAGUUGGUGUCCUUAAUAUUGUGGUGGGGAUCAUAUUUGUGUGCGUUGGCUUAUACUGGAACAUGGCAAUAAUGGCCAUGGGACCCUUUUGGCUCGGCAGUAUGUUCUUUGUAGGUGGAAUCGUGUGUAUUCUUGCAGGCAAGUUUCCCUCCUCUUGUCUGCUGGUCAUCGGAAUGAUUCUGAAUAUAGUCUGUGCUGCACUGGCUAUCACAGGUGUUGCGCUGUAUUCAGUGGACUUUACGAAUAAUCAUGCUGGAUACUACUAUGAGUCUUCUUGUCCCGAACUCUACAAUUCUUAUUCAGACUAUUCUGGCUAUAGUAGUUAUGAGCGUUACCGAACGCCUACCCCUGAAGAGAGAAGUAGAACAGAGACCUGUCUGUACUACAAGAAUCUCAUUGAGAUGGCCUUCAGAGGAGUGGAUAUCAUGAUGAUAGUGUUGUCAGUCCUUCAACUCUGUGUGAACAUCAGUUUCUGUGUUUUGACUGGGAAAGCUUUGCGCAAGAAGGAUGAAGAUGCAAAGUCGGUGGAGGAUCCAGAACUUCACAAGCCGCUCCUGGAAGACGUCACUGUUGCUCCUGCAUGUUAAAAAGAAUAACACACAUGCAACAAACAGUUAUUAAUAUGAUUAUUUUUUGUUGUUGUAAUGGAAUGGCAUUAGAUGUCUCAAUAUUGUAGUGAAAUGAUUUAAAAACAGAUUCUGUACUAUCUGCAACACUACUCAUUAAAUUACAUGUUUAGUUAGACUUAUAU